AUGUCCAAUCAGAAAGCGUUUAACAUCUCGACUACAACACCGCCGGUGAGAGCGGUCGUUGACCUGGGCUACAAAAGGUCAGGCGUGUUCCUGCUUGUGGUUCCACUGGCAUUCAUUGUCAAGUUCCUAGGUGCCGUCAACAACGGCAUCAAUGCCAUCGUCUUCUUCAAGAUCGGCCUCGUAGACGUCCUGUUUGUGUCGGUCUUUGCCUUGUCCCUCUCCGACCUCUUCUUCACCAUCAUCAGCUCCAUCCUCACAGACAGCAACAUCAUCCUCUACAUCAUCUACCACAAGACGCUGUGGUCACGUGACCUUGUCAUCUGGUACACCAUCUCCUUCAAAGACUCCACUUUUCUCUUCGUGACCUACAUCACCAUACCCCACUGCUGUUUGGUGACCUUCCCCUUGCAGUUCAAAACAACCUUCACCUUCCGACGUACGUACGACGCCUUGUCCGGGAUCUCCAUUGCGAACUUAUUCCUUCACCUCCCCAUCCUCUGUACCCAAGGCUUGAUGUUGGCCUUUGACCUAGAGACCAACACAACCCAACUCGUGUUCUGUGAAUCCCCGGAUGUCAAAACCACGCUGGCAUUUCACAACCUCGUCAACCCUUACGUCUGCUAUCCCCUCAUCUUCAUCUGCUUCACCUUUUUCACCACACAACUUGUUUCAACCUCCAAGCUCCGUCAGCGUUUAAAAAACGUCGCGACCAAAACACCAUCAAAGUUAAACACCUUGGACGUCCGGAUAGUUAAAGCCGUGUUAGUGAUUUCUCUGUUCUAUCAUGUGAGUUGUGUCCCAUGUUAG